UUUUAAGCUUUAGAUGACAAAUAAAAAGGUGAAACUUUUUCUUGAAUCGGACAACAUUGUCGAUAUGAUUCAUCGUCAUGCUGACUUCUCAGACAAGUUAAUAAAUCUCAUCCCUGCGAGAAUCUACUUGUCCGACGAUGAUAACGAAAUGAAGUGGUUUCAAGGUCUUAGCAAGGAAGAAAAAGUUAAUGCCAAGAGAGAAACAAUUGAAAACUUAAAGAAGGCUAAGAGAUAUAGAUUAGACCCUGAAAAAUCUGUUUUGACCACUCUUGAUUUGCAGAAACAGAAGCUGGAAAAGGAAAAAGAAAAGUUUGGUAUCAAGCCUAUGUUUCUUGGUUUGCAAGAAGAUGAUACAUUUGAGAAGAUGAGAGAACGUCGUCUUCAGAAGAAUAAGAGGAAGAGAGACUCAGGUUUGAAUGUUGUUGAAGAGGUUGUGAAGGAUCUUACUUAUGGUUAUGUUAAGAUUGGGGAUGAUGACGAGGAGUACGCGAAAAACAGAAAGAAAAAGAGAGUUUCUAAGGCGAAAGAGCUUGAAAUGGCGACGAAGUUAGAGGCUUUGAAGAAAGAUCCUAAGAAAGGAGAUUUUGUUGCAAAGAAGCACUCGUGGAAAGCAGAGCUGCUGGUAUCAAGAUUCGUGAUGAUCCAAAGCGAUUGAAGCAGAGAAUUCGCAAGGAAAAGAAUAG